AUGAUCCUCAGCGGCGCCCAGGUGAUCAACCGCCAACUGGUGCACAACCUGCGAUACGUUGCGCAACAGCAGCAACCUUGUGGUGUUGACCUCACUCUCCGCCAGGUCUCGAGAUGGACUUCACCGGCAGCAAUUGACUUCAACAAUACAAAGCGCCAGGGAGCUAGGACUUCUGUCCUACCUUUCAACAGUAGCCAGCAAGCGAUCACGCUACAGCCAGGUAAUUACCUGAUCGAUUUCAACGAAACCGUCCGCGUUCCACGGAAUUGCAUGGCUAGCAUCUAUCCGAGAUCUUCGCUCUGGCGGUCUGGGGUCGGGAUUACCGCUGGUGUAGUGGAUGCUGGGUAUGAGGGGGCGCUAGGAGGUUUGAUGGAGGUGAGAAUCCGCGUGGGAUAGUACUUUUCAGGGAUGCGAAGCUUGCGCAAAUCGUGUUUGAGGAGUUGCGGGAGACUGUUGAAGGGUAUAAUGGCAUCUACCAAGCGUCCACUGCCAGCAAUGGGCGGGAUGGUCCAGGG